CCCCACCAGAAAACUGAGGCAUCGCCUCCAUCGCCUCCCUCGCUCGCCACUUGCGCCAUGGCGACGGAGCGCGGGCUGAACUUGCCGGCCACUCAGGGCACCAGCGGUGCAGGGAACUUCAUCCCAGGUGUCUACAAGUUCGACUACACCGUGGAGGAUGUGCGCAACACCACCGCCCAUGGCGUCACUGCCUUGCGGUUGCCGGUGAAUGUGUCCACCGCCCAUGACGAGGAAGCCUUGAAGAAGCUUGGUUCCUACGCUGAGGCGGUGGGCAGAGGAGUCUUUUGCCUCUUCGAGGAGUCCCCGGACCCCUCGACGCAGCCCCACGGCCUCGGGCGCCUGAAAGACGCCGCGGCCGCGGCCGAAGUGGCGGCCGCCUGGGCCGCGGUGCACCGAAGCCUCGGCGCAAGCGGUGGGUUCCUCUACGAGAUCUUCAAUGAGCCCUUCGGCUACGCCACCCCUUCGGAGUAUUUGCGCUCCAUGCUGCUGGUGAUCCAUCGAUCUGGUUUGCCACCUGAGCGUUGCAUACUCGACGGUUUCGGGUAUGCCAGCGAUGUGCACGCUCUCUGCCGACUUGGCUGGACGGGCUUCUUGGGAUACCACUUCUAUCCCAAUUGGCUGCCGGAAGGCCAGCGAUCCGUGGAAGACUACUCCAGGAAGGUGCAGACAGACCUGGCAGAUAUCGCCCACCGAGUUUACAUCACCGAGUUCGGGGCCAGCCUGACGAGCGACCAGGGCGCGGAUGCCAACUGCCUGCGGGGCUUGGCGGAGGGCCUCCGAGCCCUGCCGUCGCCUGUCCUUGGGGUGUACCACUGGCACGGCUGGCACAAUGGCGACAGCUACGACUUCUGGGAUCCUCAGAACAAAGCGGGCGCCGCCUUGGUGAAGCAAGUCUGGGACGGCAGCUCCGGCGCCAGGUCAAAGCCGCGAACACUGCCGGUGUCAGUCUUCCGAAAGCAGGAGAUGUCCUAUCUGGUCUCGUUGCCUGAUCCCCAGUUCCCGCAGAUGGAAACCUGGGGCUGGGCCUUCGAGCAGAUCCUCGGCCAUGCCUUUGAAAGCGAAAGCGGACAGAGCGAUGCAUGCGAUACACGCGCCGUGCCUAUCCAGUGCUACCGCAAAGGUGAGUCGGCGCUGUACUGCCAUCCGGACGAGGCCGAGGGCGUGGCGAGUGACUGGAAACUGGAGAAGACGGCGUUCUACGCAUAUCCUCCGGACUGCAAAAUCCCUGGCACUGUGGAAGUCUAUGAGUAUCGGAAGGGUGAAUUGACUUACUACGCCCACAGCGGAUGUGAUGGCUUUGACACCAUCACCAGCUGGGGCUGGCAAAAAUGCCGCGUGGCCUUUUGCUGCCCGUGCUGAG